UUAGUAUUAAUAUUUAUUUGCUCGUGUAAAUUUCAAAAAAAAUUCAAAUAAUUUCUCUUCUUCUUCUUAAGCUCCAAUUUAGACAAUGGUCAUGGAACGAAAGCUACUAUUACGUAGACUGCGGAAAUUGGGUUAUCUUCCAGUUGAUGUCUCCUAUCUGGGUGGUGAAUACAAUGUGGUUCCAAUACACAAACACCCCGAGUUGAUGAGCCAAUGUUGCAGAUUGAUAAAUUCGGAAUGGCCGCGGUCAGAAGUUGCUCGUAUGAGAUCGCUGGAAGCAUCAUGUGAUAAUCUACCUACCAGUUUAGUGCUAACAUCAGACUUUAAUCAAACUGUUCUGGCGCAUUUAAAACUUAGUCCCAUUCCUGGUCGCAGGAACACGUGCUUCAUCGAAUCGGUGGUGGUGGAUAAAUAUUACCGUGGACGAGGGCUUGGAAAAUUGAUCAUGAAAUAUGCCGAAGAUUAUUGUGCCGAUUACUUGAUGUUGGACUGCAUUUAUCUAUCCACAAUAGAUUCGGCUGGAUUUUAUGAAAAAUUGCUGUACGAAAAAUGUCCACCAAUCAGUAUGUACGGACCGAGAAACUGCCAAUUGCCAAGUUUAUCGAAUUCACGGAAAACGUAUAUGAAGAAGAUGGUACGAUAAAGGAGAUGAUAAUCGAGAAGGGAUAGAUUUGAAUUUUAUAUUUAAAAAGAAAAGAAAAAGAGUCUGCAUUUUCCGGAUAGUUAGAAUCUAAUAAAUAA